AUGAAAGCAGCUCUGGUGGUGGUGGAUAUGCAGGAGGACUUCUGUCCACCUAAUGGGCCUCUCGCAGUAUCUGAGGCUCGCUCGCUCGCGCCAAUCAUCAAUUCACUUCUAGCACAUCCAGGCUUCGUGACUCGCGUCGCAACGCAGGACUACCACCCUUCGAAUCAUAUCUCGUUCGCUCAUAACCAUCCCGGGCCCAACAACCGUCCCUUUGAAAGUGUAGUCGACAUGGUCAAUCCGGCCCCCGGCAAGCAGAAUGAGACCAAACCCCAGAGACUCUGGCCUGCUCACUGCGUUCAAGGAACCAAGGGCGUCGAUAUCAUUCCCGAGAUUGACACCAGCUCCAUCGACCUGUAUGUGAAGAAAGGAAUGCAUAGCCAGGUGGAAAUGUACUCCGCGUUUGCGGAUGCAUUCGGGAAUAACGAUCCCGCAGUGACGUGCAAGUCGGUGGAUGCGGACCUCGCGUCUUAUUUGACCGAAAAGGGAAUCUCAGCUGUCUUUGUGGUUGGGUUGGCGGGGGACUUCUGCGUCAAGCACACUGCUAUCGGUGCUGCGAAAGUCGGGUUCCGGAGCUACGUCCUUGAGGAUGCGACGAGAUGUAUCGAUGCCGGCUUCGGAUGGGAGGAAGCUAAGAAGGAAUUAACGGCUGCGGGCGUUUCCAUUAUUCGAACUGAUGGGUCGGAGAUUGCCGGUUUGGCUGGGUGA